UGUGUGUAUAUUGUAAUGGAAAUUAUUUUAAUUGAUUACAUUUAAUGUUUAAUUGAUAAAACUAACUUCACUGAAAGAUAGAUUAAGCAACAUAUAUAUUCGUAACACCAUUGUACUGACCAUGAACACGAAUGUGCAAACAGAGAACUGGGAUGCUAGAGGUGUGGGAAAAUAAUGUAUGAGUAACAGCGGUUAAACCACCUCAUCUGGGUGUAGAACACCUUAUCUGUGUUGAAGACAGGAAGAAAACUGAGAACAACCAGACACAGUAAACACGAGAUGGGUGGUGUGGUUUUGAACUAUUUCAAUUGGUUCGAGAUGAAUUUGAGCAACCUUGGAAUGUAUACUUUUGCCUAUAAAACCUCUAGCCUGUGAGCACACGGUUAUCUCUUUGCUCACAGACUCCACUGUGUGUAAACCAGAUCAUUCUUUUGUUUUUUUGCAAAGAAAUAAAAGAAAGGCAAAGACAGAUUUGUUUGAUUCUUCAUUGUCAGUUUUCAAAUUAUUUUGAAUUGAAAAUUCCAUGACAAACUUGGCGACGAGAAAGGGAUCCGACAGCUGAUCGUCCGGGACUUGAAAGGCGUUGGUAGGCUGAUCACCCUAAGCCCACAAAGGGUCUUAGCCCUGUACCCCUAAAGGUUUCAGGGAAGAGGGAACUGACGUCUGAGGAUUCCUUAAAAGAACCAGAAAACGUGUGCUGAAAACGGAUCACGGGGGAAGCUGAGACCGGUGGCAUAUUUUUCAAGUAAACUCAACCCUGUGGCAGCAGGUCUACCAAAUUGUCUGAGAGCUGUUGCAGCAGCAGAAAAAGCUAUUUCAGCUUCAAGGGAAAUUGUGGGGUAUUCUGAUGUAACACUGCUAGUGCCACACGCUGUCUCUAUGAUCCUGUUAGAACAGAAAACAUCUCAUUUGUCAACAGCCAGAUGGCUCAGAUAUAAUACCAUUCUAUUGGAAAUGCCAAACAUCACAGUCAAACGGUGUACAGUGUUGAAUCCUGCCACACUGCUCCCAACCGAGCAGGAUGGCGAGGAACAUAAUUGUACCGCUGCAUUGGAACAGGUGUGCACACCACGACCAGAUUUAAAAGAAACCCCCCUCGACAAUUCAGAUCUGGUCUUAUUUGUUGAUGGCUCAGUGUCUCGAGACCCAGAAACUGGUAAAAACAGAGUAGGCUACGCAGUAACCACCGCACAUGAAACAUUAGCAAGUGGAGCGCUCCCCGCGCAUUGCUCUGCACAAGCGGCCGAAUUAGUAGCAUUAACAGAGGCCUGUAAAAUCGCCGAAGGAAAAACAGUCACCAUCUACACAGACUCUCGUUAUGCCUUUUCAACAUGUCAUGACUUUUCAGCUCUAUGGCGAUGUAAAAUCCGAUGGUAAACCUAUCCAAAAUCAUGACAAAAUUGCAGCCUUGCUAGAAGCGAUUUUGCUUCCAAGGUCUUUGCUAUUUGCAAGUGCAUCACGCAUUCCAAAUUUAACGAUUUUGUAUCAUUGGGAAAUAAACGCGCUGAUAUCGCUGCGAAGAACGCAACAAAGGGAACAGAACCUUCUCUAACAUGUGUAACUGUUAACCAUAAUGAACUAACAUUCCCUUCUGGUUCUCUUACAGCUAUGCAGGUUUUCGCGACAUCAGAGGAGAAAAAACAAUGGGUGAAGGCCGAGUGCAAACUGAAAGACGACAUCUGGCUGAGUACCGAAGACAAGUCUUGUUUGCCAAAACACUUUUUCCCACACUAUGCCAAAUUAGUACACAGUUUAGAUCACAUAAGCAAAAAGGGAAUGUUUGAUAUGAUCAAUCAAUAUUGGUUCACAAAAGGAUUUACUUCCUUUGCAGAAAAAUACUGUCAAUCAUGUAUGAUUUGUGCCACAAACAAUGUAGGAAGAGGACAACAGGUCCCUUUGGCAGCACAUCCACCACCAAGUCAACCUUUUGAUCAUAUAAUGUUCGAUUUCAUUGAACUGACACCGUGCAAAGGCAAGAAAUUCUGCCUUGUUUUGGUUGAUAUGUUCUCAAAGUGGUUGGAAGUCUUCCCCACAUCUAAACAGAACGCUGGGGCUGUUGCAAAGGCAUUAGUAUCUGAAACUGUCCCAAGGUGGGGAAUACCAAAAAAGAUUAGCAGUGAUAAUGGCACACCUUUUGCUCGGGAAGUUUUUGGGAAUCGACAUACUUAAACAUACCUCCUAUCAUCCGGCUUCUGGCCCAUUUGAAAUCUUGUUUGGCAGGCCUCCAUCGCUUGGAGUGGGACCGGAACCUCGACCAUUGCCCUCUACUGCUCUGUGUGAAGAUGACAUGCUGAACUAUUGUAAAAAUCUGUCUUCGGUUCUCUCUCAGAUCUCUCAACAGGUCAAGGACGCUCUACCCAAACCGGCAGAAGGAUUUUGAUAAGUGAUCAAGAAUGAUCAAAAGGGAGGAGUGUAAUGGAAAUUAUUUUAAUUGAUUACAUUUAAUGUUUAAUUGAUAAAACUAACUUCACUGAAAGAUAGAUUAAGCAACAUAUAUAUUCGUAACACCAUUGUACUGACCAUGAACACGAAUGUGCAAACAGAGAACUGGGAUGCUAGAGGUGUGGGAAAAUAAUGUAUGAGUAACAGCGGUUAAACCACCUCAUCUGGGUGUAGAACACCUUAUCUGUGUUGAAGACGGGAAGAAAACUGAGAACAACCAGACACAGUAAACACGAGAUGGGUGGUGUGGUUUUGAACUAUUUCAAUUGGUUCGAGAUGAAUUUGAGCAACCUUGGAAUGUAUACUUUAGCCUAUAAAACCUCUAGCCUGUGAGCACACGGUUAUCUCUUUGCACAGACUCCACUGUGUGUAAACCAGAUCAUUCUUUUGUUUCUUUGCAAAGAAAUAAAAGCAAGGCAAAGACAGAUUUGUUUGAUUCUUCAUUCUCAGUCUUCACAUUAUUUUGAAUCGAAAAUUCCAUGACAAACUGUAUAUGUAUAUAUGUGUAUAUGUAUAUAUAUAUAUAUGUUUGAGUGCAUUCUUGCCCACAUACAACAGGAUGUUUGCCAUUGAGUGAUUGUAUAUUGUGUGUUAACAUGCGUUCUUUCAAGCUAGAAGGCAUUUAUGAGGUAUAACAUAAUCUCCAAAAUGGGGUGUUUAUUGUGCCGUGGUUGGUGUAAAAAUGGACUCCCAGUGCAUUAGAGGGCAGGCCUGUCGAGGUGGACGGCACCGGCUUGAACGGUGAGCUCAUGAUCGCGUGUUUGUGUGUGAUCCAGCUCCUGUCCACAGCUGUCACACAGGGCCUGACAUGGCUUUACAUUCCUGCUGAGAGCUAUAAGACCGGUGCAGAUCUCAGUCUGGCAGGUCUGCUUUUAUUCCUGAAAGUUUGCGACUUGCAAAUACUCUGAAUUAACUUCUUGAUUUCAUUUUAUUUUGUCACAAUGGACGAGAACAUCCUGUGGGCGACAGCUGUGGUCGAUAGAAGGGCGGCCUUUAAUGAACGGGAGGAGAGGUCGGACACGAAAUUUGGAGAUUUUGGUUUUGGAUGCAUCUUUUGUGGAGGUAGAAGGAGGGAAUGAAUCUGUCCGUCAAAGGGUUACGAGGAUUCGGGGAGAGGAACGGGUGAGGAAGUUCUCCUCUGAUCUGAGGCGUGAGAUUGUUGAUCUGGGUGCUGCAGAGAACAUUAUUGACCUGCGUGAGAGGAAAAAGAUACGGACCAAGACUGCAGCUCCUAAAGACCUAAUGGAUGUUUUAGUGGGACCUGUGGAGCCAGAGGAGUUUUUAAAAGCAGCAGCUCGGGGAAAGGCAGAAGUAGUUGAGAAAUUUCUGGAAGAUGGAGGAGAUCCAGACAUCUGUGAUGAGUUCAGGAAAACAGCGCUGCAUCGGGCCGCUUUGGAAAAUCAUGCUAAAAUAGUGGAAAUAUUACUGAACAAAGGAGCCGAUAUCAACUUUAAAGACAGGCUGGACUGCAGGGCUGUACACUGGGCUUGCAGAGGUGGAAGUCUCUCGGCGCUGAAAGCUCUCCAGGACAGGGGAGCUGACAUCAACGUCAGAGACAAACUGCUUAGCUCACCUUUGCAUGUGGCCACAAGGACAGGUCACAGUGACGUGGUCCAGCAUCUUCUAACCAGUGGAAUCAACAUUAAUGCCAAAGACUGGGAAGGAGACACUGCUCUUCAUGAUGCUGUCAGAUUGAAUCGGUACAAAAUCGUCAGACUCCUUAUACUGGCCGGAGCCAAUAUGCAGAUCAAGAAUGCAGAAGGAGUCACGGCCACGGAACAGGUGAAGCAAUGGCAGUUUGACACGAAGGAGACACUGGAGAAACUGGACCAGAUGAGAGAGGUCGGUCUGGCAUUGGGUUCGUUAGAGCAUCUGUGAACAGGUGCGCGGCUGGAGAACAACCCCACCUCUGUCUUCAGUGACUAUUUACUUUCUGUGAUAAUUAGUGCUGAAAGCUGGCUGUCCUCACCAAUUCAUUAGUAUACUGGGUGAAUGAGAUUUUAUUAAUUCAUUUAAAAAUCAGGCUUACAAGCUCUAUUUUUUUAGCAGCAGAAUCUGUAUUUACUGGGCAACAUUUUAAAAUAAAUAUUUUUGUA